UUUAUAAUUUCUUGAUGCAAAUUCUAUGGCUCUUCCCCCGCAACGUCAACCAAAACUCAUUUCUGCCCCGUGGAACCUGACGCUAUCGAUAUUACCUGGCUUUUCUUUCUUCUUCCCCUACACAGCCCGAUAGCAGCCCCCCACAAGACAAGAUGAGUGAUUUCGACCAAGACCUUACGGAUAAAAUCAGAGUCCAGGGCUGGACUAUGUACGCAGUGGGAAUCGUGUUUAUAGGCCUGCGCAUGUAUGCAAGCAUCACAAAGCUUGGCUGGAGGCACUUGCGCCUUGACGACUUGUUAAUGCUUCCCGUACUGGUUCUAUACACAGGCCUCAUCGUCGGAUUAAGCGUCCUAACCUUGGGAGGUGGCUCGGUCCCAUAUCCGCCAGACGCCGCCGGCCCUUUGACCGAAGGCCAAAUCCGCGCGCGCAUCCAGGGAUCCAAGGUCGCAGUCGUCAACGAACAAUGCCUCCUGAACCUCCUCUACAUUCUCAAGUGUUGCAUGCUGGUGCUGUACACGCGCCUCACCCUGGGGACCAACACGCAGCGCCUGGUCCGGCUGGUGGCCGUGUACGUGGCGCUGUGCUGGGCGACGACGCAGGUGGUCUUCUUCACGCACUGCCGGCCCUUUUCGGGCAUGUACGCGUUCCCGCCGCCGUCGCAGGACUGCGCCACGUACGAGCGCUACGAGCUGGCCGAGGGCAUCCUCAACAUCACGUCGGACCUGCUCAUACUCUGCAUCCCCAUCCCGCUGGUCGUGCGCGUCAACAUGCCCUGGCGCCAAAAGGCCGUGCUGCUCGUCGUGUUCUCGACCGGCAUUUUUGUCAUCCUCGCCGCCGUCUUGACAAAGUACUACGACCUCGUCACGGACUGGGGCCCCGCCUACAUGAUUUGGUACGUGCGCGAGACCAGCGUGGCCGUCUACGUCGCAAACAUGCCCAUCAUCUGGCCCCUGGUCCUGCAGUGGCUGCCCAGCCUGAGGCCCAAGUCAAAGAUGACCAGGGAGAGCAGCGAGCCCGUGCUGCCCGCGCCCGCGUUCGCCAUGCCUGUUUUUGCUGGCGUUGGCGGUAGUGCUGGUCCCGGAGGCGCCGGCGACGGCGGUGGCGCCAGCGGAGACGGCAAUGGGAGCUUCAUCGGGAGCGCCCAAGGUCGGAAUGCGGCCGAGAGCCGCCACAGCGACGACGGGUCCGAGAUCGACAUACACACAGCCCUAGGGACCAGCCCGGAUUUUAUGACGCCACCGCAGAGGGCGUGCGAGGCUCCACCACGCAGCCUCGGGAGCAUCUCCGCCACGAGACUGGACUCCGAUGGCAGGGGAGAGGGCCAGGGCGGGAAUGGGACCGGCACGACAGCGAGUCGUCCAGAUGUGAGCCUGCCGCCGGAAGCCAGCGGGCAAGGAACGGGUACCAAUAAUGACAAGAACAAGAAAGCGUCCGGCGGGGCUACAUGAAUGUCAAGUUGUGGCGGCCACUCUGAUGCAAGAGACAAGUGCAGAAACAAGAUAUUAAUUCAUCCUCACAAAAGAGUGAUACAAGCCCCCCGCUACACCCACUGCCACUCGCCCUUGACCCGGCCCCUGCUCUCGUCAGCAAGCCUCCUGAACGCAGCAGGCGACAGGUCCAAGUCGGUCGGCCUGCAGCCCUCGCAGCGGUCCACCACCUCCACCUCGAUCGCGCCCCCGCCCCCGUCGGCCGAC